AUGGGACUCCGUCCACCGUCCCCCGCCUGUUCGAUUGACGGCUUUGCGCAAUUGCAGCAGUACAUUGACACAGGCGCCGCUCCCAUACGGUGUACCGGAGUUGCUCAGGCCAAUGCCGAGGACCGGUCGCGAUACCACACGGCAAACGAUGUUGGGAGCAUGGCAUCGUGCAACGGGCUCGAAAGGGGCGGCGAGGCCCUGGUCCCGACAGACUACACGUACAACAAUGGGUGGGCGCUCCAUCUUGGCGACCAGCAGCACGACUUCCAGACUAACCAGCCAUCGUCGAACAAUUACACUGGUGGCGCACCGUUUGCGGCUGCGAUAGAAGCUCCAGGCCAGUACGACCUGGUAGGGCUCGUCCCCGAACAACGGCUCACAAGUCUGUUGACAUACCAGCAGGGAAAAGUGCCUUUCACUCCAGAGAGCUCGCCGCCCGCAGGAGACUGCGGCACGUUGAGAAAGGGUGCCGGGGUGUCGAGGCGUCUACGGUCAGUCCCAGAGACUACUCGUGCUCGCCGGCCGCGGGCGGCAGGCAAGAGACGCAACCCGGCAGGGGCUGCAAAGAAACCAUUCCUUCUCAGACAGCCGCUGAGCGAGAUAUCAGCCGAGGCCGGUGACACGCUCGUGUUCGACGUCGACACCUUUGUGCACCGGCCUACAGAAGUGCGGAAGCAGGAGCAGAGGAAGCAGGGCAAAGUGAAGCGCCCACUGAACGACUUUGUACUCUACCGCAAGGCGUAUAGCGCGGUGGCAAAGGCGCGAGUGCUCUCGGAAGAGAAUAAGAACAACCAACAGCUCGUCUCUCAGAUAUGCGGGGAGUCAUGGGGGAUGGAGACUGCCGCCGUCAAGGCCACCUUCAAGAGAUUGGCCAACGUUGAGAGAACUAAACACUUUCAGGCUUUUCCGGACUACAAAUACGCGCCAAAGCUGGUCAAGAAGGUCAAGGACGACGAGACCUCGCUGAAGGAGACUUCAGCCACGGACCAGAAUGCUGCGGCUAGUCAUCACGACACAAUGCCAAUGCCUUCGGCGCCGAUGCUCCAACUACCUGGCCAUGUGGCGUACAUGCCGUCACCGAACACAAUGCCCGGGGGCCAGCUGCCACAGUACGCUCCAGUUGGGCCUUACUGGCACCAACCCGGAGGGCAGCAAGUUGUACCACCAUAUGGCGUUGGACAAGCGGGCUACCCCGAUGGCCAAAAUGUGCUCCGACUCGAAGACGCACGGCUCCUGGAGGAGGUGCCGCCGCCGCCGCCGCCGCCGCCGCCGCCGCCACCGCCGGGUGCCUACGACCUGCAAGCAUCUCUGCAGGGAAUACCCGCUCAGCCGCCGCUUGAUCUCUGCAUCGACCCAUCUCUGCUCCCGCGCGUAGGCGAGCCGGUCUACCAGUACGUGGCUCCCGGAGACUGCAUGUUGGCGGCAGCGGCUGGACCAGCGCUAAAUGCAGAGUUCGGUGACAACUUCAUGGCGGCAAUACCUGAUCUCGAUGUCGACGGCGCCCACAAUGCCUACCUACGAGGGACUCACGGCGACUGGGAGGUCGAAUUUCUGGAUGAGGGCAGCCACUUCAACGACUGGAUGGCGCAAGAGGAACAUGCAAACUUCAAGCCAUGAGGGAGGUGGGGCGCCUGACAGAUGAUGCGGCCGGAUUAGAGGACGAAGCUCGACGUGCUGGCUCACGAUCUGCAACCCUUCUGUCCGUGCGGAGGCUCAUCGGAGCGCUCACUUCGAGGCGGCGUACUUCGUAUGUAGGGGCGGACAGUGCUACUAUUAUUAGACUAGACGGGACCUACCUAUAGACA